CAGAAACGGACGGGUGGGUGCUGUGUGUUCUCCCGCCUUCAUUUCCCAUCGUGCUGAGGUGGGUGGCAUGGCGGAGAAGGAUGACACCCGAGUUUGACGAAGAGGUGGUUUUUGAGAAUUCUCCACUUUACCAGUACUUACAGGAUCUUGGACACACAGACUUUGAAAUAUGUUCUUCUCUGUCACAAAAACAAGAAAACAGCACAGCAGCAGAUGGACAACAGAAGCAUCCUACAACCCUGCCCAAACAAGGUAUCCUGUUAAAAGUGGCUGAAACCAUCAAAAGUUGGAUUUUUUCUCAAUGCAUUAAGAAAGAUGACUUACUUCUCAAGUUGGAUCUUGGAUUCCGACUCGAGACAUUAAAUACCAUCCUACAACAGGAAGUCCUGUUACAAGAGGAUGUGGAGCUGAUUGAGAUACUUGACCCCAGUAUCCUGUCUUCAGGGCAACCUCAACAACAGGAAAAUGGACAUCUUCCAACACUUCGCUCCCUGGCAACCCCUAAUAUUUGGGAUGUCUCAGUGCUAUUUGCCUUCAUUAGUUUGCUCAUUAUGCUUCCCACUUGGUGUAUUUUAUCUUCCUGGCUGGUAUGGGGAACGAUUCUCUUAGUUUAUCUGAUCGUAAAAGCUUUGAGAUUAUGGAGGACAGCCAAACUACAAGUAACCCUAAAAAAAUGCAAUGCUCAUUUAGAAGACACAGCAGCGAAUAGCCGAGCUUUUACUAACCUGGUGAGAAAAGCUUUACGUCUCAUCCAAGAAACUGAAGUGAUUUCCAGAGGAUUUACACUUUUGCUUGACAGGGUCAGUGCCGCUUGCCCAUUUAAUAAGGCUGGGCAGCAUCCCAGUCAGCAUCUCAUCGGUCUUCGGAAAGCUGUCUACAGAACUGUAAGAGCAAAUUUUCAAGCAGCAAGGCUAGCUACCCUAUAUAUGCUUAAAAACUACCCCCUGAACUCUGAGAGUGACAAUGUAACCAACUACAUCUGUGUGGUACCUUUCAAAGAGCUGGGCCUUGGACUUAGUGAAGAACAGAUUUCAGAGGAAGAGGCACAUAACCUUACAGAUGGCUUCAGCCUACCUGCAUUGAAGGUUUUGUUCCAACUCUGGGUGGCACAAAGUUCAGAGUUCUUCAGACGAUUAGCCCUAUUAUUUUCUACAGCUAAUUCACCUUCUGAACCCUUACUUGCUCCAGCACUUUUGCCUCAUCAUAUUUUAUCUGAUGUGACUCAAGGUCUACCUCAUGCUCAUUCUGCCUGCUUGGAAGAGCUUAAGCGCAGCUAUGAGUUCUAUCGGUACUUUGAAACUCAGCAUCAAUCAGUACCCCAGCGUUUAUCUAAAACUCAGCAGAAAUCAAGAGAACUGAAUAAUGUUCACACUGCAGUACGCAGCUUGCAGCUUCAUCUGAAAGCACUACUGAACGAGGUAAUAAUUCUUGAAGAUGAACUUGAAAAGCUUGUUUGUACUAAAGAAACACAAGAACUAGUGUCAGAGACUUAUCAGAUCCUAGAACAGAAAUUAAAGUUGAUUCAACCCCAUGUUCAAGCUAGCAACAGUUGCUGGGAAGAGGCCAUUUCUCAAGUGGACAAAUUGCUACGAAGAAAUGCAGAUAAAAAAGGUAAGACUGAAGAAGCAUGUAAAAAUCCACGUUUUGCUAUAGUACCUUCAAUGCAGCCUACUCUCCACAUUGCAGACAAAGAUCCAAUCCCUGAGGAACAGGAAUUAGAGGCUUAUGUAGAUGAUAUAGAUAUGGAUAAUGAUUUCAGAAGGGAUGACUAUUAUUUGUCACAAGAAGAUAGAGAAAGACAGAAGCGUGAGCAAGAAGAAUCUAAAAGAGUACUGCAAGAAUUAAAAUCCGUGCUGGGAUUUAAAGCAUCUGAGACAGAAAGGCAGAAGUGGAAGCAACUUCUAUUUAGUGAUCAUGCUGUGUUGAAAUCCUUGUCUCCUGUAGACCCAGUGGAACCAAUAAGUAAUUCAAAGCCAUCAGUGGAUUCAGAUUUGGGGAAAGUUGGUAAAAAUGAUACUGAAGAGGAAAAUAGUAAACCCUCCACAACUGACAAUGAAAUAAAUAAUAGGACUGAGUAUUUAUGUGAAACCCCUCUAGAAGGUAAAAGUAAAGACAAUUCUGCAAAUAAAGUCUUCCUCCAAGAAAAUGAAGAAAGAGUGUGUUACCAUUGUGAGAGUGAAGAGGAAUCUCAGCAGGCAGAUGUAGAUGGCCUGGCCAUUGCCCAUCCUACUCCCAGGGAUUCAUUACAGCCCUCCAUUAAGCAGAGGCUGGCACGGCUACAACUGUCACCGGAUUUUACCUUCACUGCUGGCCUGGCUGCAGAAGUGGCUGCUAGAUCUCUCUCCUUUACCACCAUGCAGGAACAGACUUUUGGUGAUGAGGAGGAAGAACAAAUAAUACAAGAAAAUAAAAAUGAGGUAGAAGAAAAGUAAAAACCAAGAUUCACAUGAGGAUUUUAAAUUUAAUAAUUCUUUUAUGAAUGUGUUUUAGCUUCAAGCUAGCUACUCCACUGGAAAAGGAAAUGAGUUUACAUUUGCUCCAUAUAAGGCUAAGAUGUGACUUUACAUCAGUUUGAGCAACAGGUCUGAAAUUAGUAGUUUCCUAUAAGUGGCAGAAAUUGUAGGAAAUAACAGAAAGGUAAGGGCUCUCUUGAAUUAACUGCUCUCUUAGUUGCAGCACAACUGAUUGAUCUCAGAAAGUCUUUAAGUACUUUUCAUAAGAAAUGAAUUCAUCAUUUCUUACCAGAAUUUACUACCAUGAAAUGUCUGGGAUAAUUCCGUUGCAAGAACAUUUAAUAUGACUCCUUUGUACUGUAUUCUUGCAGUUAAUAACUGCAGCUAUUAUGUCAAUAACAAGUUGUUUGUAUUUUAUUUUUGUUUAUACCAACCUUAAAGAUACAGGUUCUAAAUAAAAACUUGAGUUCAUACAAUUCAUGUGUGCUGGGGUUUGGAACUAAAAGCUAGUUUCAAAAAUACUUGAGUCAUGACAUAUUUUUUAUGACUUCUUGUGGAUGUGUACAUUGAGCAGUUUUUUUAGAUGUCUUUUUAGAUGACCUUUACAAGAAAAAAAAUUGUACUAUUUUAAGAAUUACCUUUUCAAUUUUUUUGGUUACAUCUUUUUCUGUUCUUGUAACUGAAAGAGACAUGUCAAAGUUGGAUCCCUGUGUCCAGUGCCCUAUCCCCAACUUUGUGGAAAGUGCUUUUAUUCAGUUUGCCUACAAGAAAUUGGGUGCCAUUAACUGGAACAGGUCUAGUUGCUUAUUUCUAGCCUGAGGCUAUCCCAUUUCCACCUUAAUGAGAUUCUGGAAGCAUCUUGUCAGCUUCAUGAAGAGCAUCUUGGCUCCUUAGUACUUCAUUUACAAACUGCCUCUUAAAAACGUUGCUUUCCAACUUUCUAGUGUCAUCUGUUUUGUGCUGUGAUUGCAUUUUCAAAAAGUGAUAUUUUCAGAAUAUUGGUUUUUUGAAGCCUAUGGCUCGUAUACACUGACAUAGUUUAUAGACAUUACUUGGGGAACCUGUAGUAAUAACAAUUUAUGCUGCUAUCCUAAAAAUUACAUGAUAUGUCCAGAUUAUCUUUAGAAUUAAGGCACACUUUCGAAUUCCUGUAAUUUAGCACUUUGAGUGAGUAAAUUUACAUAUAUUGAUGGGAAUUAUUUUAAUAAUCUAAGGAAAUUUGUUUUUUAUCUUUAGGAUUGGUACUGCUUUGUAUGAAUAGUACAGAUCCUCUUGUACUCUAGUUGAUUCUGCCUAUUGUCAAAAUUUCUAGAAUUUGUCCAUAAUUAAAGUCUUAGGAUCAGUAUCUUAGGGUAAGUCUAGUUUACUACUUAGGAAAAACAGCUAACUAUCAAGAAAAAAAAUCUCGUAUUAUAACUGGCUAAUAUAUUCCUAAAUGAGAAUACUUGCAGUUUACUUUCUUUUUAAUUAGUUUGCCAGCUUCUUAUUUUACUUGGAAUUAGAAGUAGCACAUAUGGGAAACCUCAGUAAUCUUUUAAUCUAUAACCAUAGGAAGAAUAAUAGGCAAAUAAUUUUUAAUUAUUUGUAUGAUACCAGUUUGGGAAAAAUGACUUAAAAUAUUGUGUCAGCUUUUUUCAAGUCAUCUAAGAUCUUAAUUUUUUAUUUUGCAAGAUCAAUUUUAAUCAGGAACUUCUAAUAUUCCAGGCUGAUCUACUUUAUUCAUAAUUACUACCUAUUUCCACAAUAUUCUAUUUGUUAAAACCAUGAAAUAAGGAUCUCAGAACUUUAAUUGAAUGCUUUUCGUGUUUUUGUCUUUAAAGUAUUCCCUUUGAAAAUUGCUAACUUUCUCUUAUAAUAGCCUAAAGGUCAGUGUUUCUCGGGUUUUGGGGGGAUCACCUGUAUUAGAGUAAAUUAGAAGCCUUUACUUUUUAAAUGUAGAUUUGGAUCAUAUUUCAAAUCCUUUAGUCAAUCGUUUGGAAUGAAAUCUAGGUUAUGUUUAUACACAGUAAAAUCUAAAACGUUUAUGUAGAACUUUGCUUUUGCCAUUAGAACCUUGGGAAAUAAAAACAAACAGUAAUAUAAGUAGAUGCUUUUGUUGUUACUUUUCUAAGAAUAUUUUACUUUGUCCUAUCAGUCUUUCAAAUUGUUUUUAUUAGCUACCAUCCUAUAUUCUCAAGGAACCCUCUGGAAAAUAUAUUUUGUGGGGAAAAUUUGUAAUUUUUCUUUCAAAAUUUUAUACUCAUAUUUUGACACAGUAACUCUUAUUAGGAGUAAUAUCCAGACAACUUUUAAUAUUAAUACUAACAUAGUUUAACAUGUACAAACCUAGUCCUUGGAAUGCUUAUGAGUCAACUUCUUUAGGUUCCUCUUGAAGAAGGAGUUUUAUCCUUUGUUAUUAGGAAAGUUAUGUCAAUAAAUCAUCUGGUGAUGGUUAUAGUAUCUUAAAUCCCUCUUUUGCCUCAGCUUUCAUUACAUCUCUAAAUAACUGGUUUAUCUUGGGCCAGAUUCUUGCUGGCCUUUGAUAGAUGAUCCUCUGCUUACUUUCACAAGUUGUAUUAUCUUUGUAAGUUGAGUUCAGUAUUGAUCAUCUAAAUAUGCUUCGUUAGUAACUGAUAAUUGAUGCCAAGUUUGGUUUCUGAAGUUAUUAGGUAAGAAAGUGGGCCAAAACAUAUUUAAUGUAAAUUGCUAUAGAAAUUUAAGAAUAUGGGACUAAGGCUUUUUAAUACUGAGGGAUAUACCAGAGUUUAACUCCCAGCUACAUCAUCUAAAAGCUAAGGCGCAGCUGAUGUUAUAAUUUCUGACUUCUCAAGAGUAACAAAAAAGGGGGGAAACUUUUGAAUUGAAAAACGAGAGGUGAUUACAAAUACAUUAGUACAAUGGGUCAAAAAAGUUUUAAGUCAAUUUUCUUAAAAAAUAUUUUGGUUCACAUAAUAUUGAAUAAAUGUGGUUUGACUUUUAGUGUUAGCCCACAAAAAAAUCAAGUUCUGAUACAUUUUACAAUGUUUUAAGUCAAGGAAUUAUUCAGAAGGUAUCCUAGAACUCAAUCUAGUAACUCUUCACCUACCAAUAUAUGAGAUAUUUUGAUAAAUUAUUAGAAAUCAUGAGUGGAGAACAGUUUAGCUGAUUUAACUUAAUCAUCGUAUAUCAUUUUUAUGUCCAAACAAAAUAAGAAACAGUAACUUAAAUACCAUAAAACUAUGGUGUGGCUCAGCUAAUUAUCUGAACUAAAAUAGAUAUUGUGCCAUGAAUGACAACCAGACAGCACAGAUAUUUAUUAUUCUUCUAUUUCAAUUUAUGACAUAGCAGUGUAUUUUACACUUAUAUUAAAAAAUAAAGCUCACAAAUAUUUCAGCAGAGAAAAUAUGCAAAAAAUGUCCAAGUACAAUAAUAGUUCAUUUAUCUGUCAUCACAGUUAAAUGCUAACUUGCAUUAAGUCAGUUCCUCAGGCAACUGAGGCAAAUCCAUUUAAGCUUUACAUCUUAUAAUGGUGUUUAAUAGAAAAUGUACUUUCUAUUUAACCACAUUUUCUAGAAUACUUAGAAUAUGAUUUAAUAUAUUAUCAUCUUCAGGAUUAUUGUUUCUACAGUGAGGGUGAUGAACAGAAAGUCACUCUCUGGAACCACUGAAAUAGUAUGUCAUGGGCCUGUUUACCCUUCAUUGCCAUGCUUUGAGUUACAUCUGUUUUUUACAGUUUCUCUAUCUUCCCUUAUAAUCAGCUGUCACUUUUUACUGCUAUCUUGUGUGCCUGCCUCCUGCACUAGGCCCCUAAAUUUGCUGCUUCUAAUCUGCUGUGGACUGAGAAAACCAGAUUGCCAAGCUUUCUAGAAUUGUGUCUAAAAUAAGAGUAAGUAGACUGAAAGAAUGUUAAGGGGCUUUUCUGUUAAAGUGCAUGGACUUUGUGGUACAUUUUUGGCUGCUUUAGCAUACUUUUGUUAGUCUCUUAAGUUCUUCACUAAGAAGUUGCUUAAAACACAGCUGCUAAAAAUCACUGUGAAAGCUAUAUAAUUGAAGCAUUAAUUUAGUUUUUCUAUAUUAAUGGUUCUAGGACUGUCAAU